UGGUGAGUUUCGGCCGGGAAGCGCAAUCGAUACGUGCAUGUAGAAGUGGACGAUGUUGUCUGCCCGAAAAGCGGUUAGUAUCCUAGGACGAAGAGGGCGAUUUGCAGCCCUGAGGACAAGCGUCUGUGAGCUGCAUUCAUUGAUUCAACGACGAACGGUUGUAGUUUGUUGCCCGAGGUAAGUUUGAUGCAGAUAAGUGGCGACCGCCAUGCAUGAUUCGAUCACUGGAUGUUCUUGUACAUUUAGACUUCGAUAUUGCAUGAAUAGUCUUUAGCUUAUAUGCGGGCGUAGAUGUCAACAACUAUAUACCUAGAUCUGAUUUUCUUUAGUUAAACUAUUAAAAAUUUGAGAUAAGAUUAAGAACGUUGGGUUUUUGUGCAAGAUAUUUUGGUGGUAAUUGGACUACAAUCAGUGUAGUUAAGCUUAGUCGACCGUACCGUGCCUAUACAGUUCCGAUUAUAUAAGAGGUGAGCAUGGGUGCACGCAGAAGUGAUAUGUUUCUUCGAAUAUUUAAUUUGAUGUGGUAAGAUUCCCGUACAGUCCCAUACAUUUAUCAUGCAUUGUUUCAAUUCCAAUUCAUAUUUGUGCGAAAACGUGUGAAGUUGCUGCAUGCACAAUAAAUGUAGGGGGUUGUACGGAAAUCUUACCCCUAGCAAAUCGCAUGAGCUCUGGCUAUAAUGCUAUGUGUGUUAUGAUCUAUUCUGUUUACAUGUAGAAGCCCUUCAAAUGAUCCAGCAGGGCCAACCAGAAAGUGGCAGAGAUAGACUGCCACAUUGGGGAUACAGGGGUACAUGUAUAUCCCCAACUCUUUAGAAAAGUGUGUGGGUUCUUUAAUGUCCCAUACAAUUUAAAUGGGCCAAGGUUGUGAGGCGGGAUCUACAGUUAAUCCAAGAAGAUUAGAGGGUCUAACCAGGGCUCGAAAAGAGUCCCAUCCGUUAGCCUGGGACAAGUAGUUUUUCUUGCGGGGCAAGUAACUUUUAAAGCUUACUUAAUGCACAAUGGGCAAGUAUUAAGGGUCCAGGAAAGUAAUCCUUUAACAAGAUCAUUAGCUAAGACGAACAAGAAGUGACCUCAGGCAAGCAAAAUGUGCAAACAUCUUGCCUAAAUGACAAGCUGGAAUUCAAAUUUAUUUGAGUUUGAGUGGGAGGGGGAGGGGGGUGGGGUGGGUGCUUAUCCGAGGCUCGGCGCUUAUUCGAAUAAAUACAGUGGUUAAGACCCUUAGCAUUGGUGUCGGUCUGGCCAGGCUCUGAACUCAUAGCCUCCUGCUCAGUAGACUGGCAAUCAACCAUGGAUCCAUAAUAACCACAACCUCUGGUCAUAUUUAUAAAUCUGUUAAUGUUGCUGAAGGUACAUAAAGAUAUUACCAGAGAUGCAGACUUAUUUUGAUUUUGUUAUGUAGAUUCAGUCAAUGUUUAGUAAAAGACAUCUCCAUGAUAGCCAUUUUUAAAAGUUUACAUAAUGUAUAAAUUUCUUCUUUUAGGUAUUCAACUGGCUCUAGACAGGUGUUAUCUUCAAAUCUUUCAAGAUAUGGCUUUCGGUGGCUCAGCUCAGAAAGUGAGUUUUCGUUGAGUUAAUUGACAGUGUGGUUGUGUGGAAAUACAUGCAGAUCUCUUCCAGGGGGUCUACGAGGCUAGUUGAUCUUAGGGUUAAGUUUGAACCAUUAACUUUUCACUGGAAUAAAAUAAGAAUAAUGCACUUCUCCUGAUAUGGGUUUAAAUUUCUUCACUGUUAGCGUACAGGUAUGUGUCUGCAUCACAUCUUAGUUGUCACUUCCCUCCGACCUGCACUAUAGGGUUAAUUAUGGGUUUGUGAACUGUCAUGCUAACUUGUAGGUCUUUGGAUUGCAACACUUUAAACCCCAAUAUCAACAUACAAAUUCUCCAGACUGAUCUCGAUACAUUUGCUUAAAAAGCUUGUUGAGAGUUUGAUAGAAGAUCAAAACACUUUACCUUUGGUGAUCAUUUUAUUAAAUUUAUUCUUACCGGUAGACCAAAAGAACUCCCCAGCAGUUUAAUUCCCCACUUCUAAUAAUAUUGAUUUACCCAGCAACUUGAGUGGCAGCUCCGAUCUGGUUCAGCUAUUAAAGUGAAACAACUUUAACAGUACUUUCACUUGUUGCCACUGGUUUUUUAAUAGUUGUUUAAACUAUUCACAGUCCCUUAUUUUUCUGUAAGAUUAUUGAGAUCAAGCACUUUGCACAAUUAUUGCUGGCUCUCUUGGUUUCAAAUGUUCCAAGUCUAGCCUGGGAUGAGUGUCAAAUCUGCUUAGGGGAUGAGCAAUGGUUUGGGAGGAGGCAAGAAAAAUAGAAAUUUGCCUCUCUGCCACUACUGUGUAAACCCCCGAUGCUGAUCCCCUUUGUACAUAUGAAACCAAGAUGGCUGCCCAUAACUCACAGCUCUCAAACUCGAUGAUCUUAUGGGGAAAUAAGGGGAAAUACUCGUCAUUAUCUCACGAGUCAAGUUCUAAUAGAAUUCAUACAUUCCCUCUUUAAUAACAGGUCUCCCUCCUCACACAAAUGUACCAUUACCAGCACUGUCUCCCACAAUGGAAAUGGGGACAAUUGUCAGCUGGGAAAAACAGGAAGGUGAUGAGUUAAGUGAAGGAGAUCUUUUAGCUCAGAUUGAAACAGACAAGGCCACAAUGGACUUUGAGACUCCUGAAGAAGGCUUUCUGGCCAAGAUUUUAAUUCCUGCAGGAAGUAAGGAUAUUCCUAUUGGCAAACUGCUCUGUAUAAUUGUGGAAAAUAAAGAUGAUGUUGAUGCAUUCAAGAACUUUGUUCCUGAAGAAGAUGUACCAGCUGCACCACCAGCUCCAGUAAGUAGUGCAAUCAGUAUUUUCUUUUCUUCCAGCUCGCAGAUUCAACAUACUGAUUGUAAAGCAUGCUCCCUUGUUCCCUGUUUUCUUAUGAAGAUACAGUCAUUUAAAGACAAUUUUCAAUUCAGGUGUAAUAUAAUUGUUGGCAUGAGCAGACUUAUCAAUACUUUUAGCACUGCAUAUGGUUAUAAUUUACUUUUACAUUUUCUGUACCUCAAGAUCACCUUUCUUCAAAUGUUAAUAAUUAAACCAGCGUAAGUGUGAUGUCAUGAAACCAAAGUACAGUGUAUGUAUAAAAUAAUUUUGAGAGAUUCAGAAUAUAGAUAGUCUACACUAAGUAACCCACUAUCUAAUUAAAAAGAUCAUGGUAGUGUUAUUGAGUAACUUUUAAGUAAGGAGUGUAAUUUUUAAUUAUUUAUCUAUUUUUUUUUGUUUUCAGGAGAAACCUGCUGAGACCACCACCCCACCCCCUCCUCCACCACCUCCUCCAGCUUCAUCUGCAGCCCCACCCCCUCCCCCACCUAUGACUUCUGCCUCUCCACCCCCUCCUCCUCCACUUGCAACUGGUGGGAGAGUGUUUGCCAGUCCAUUGGCAAAGAAGAUUGCUAGGGAAAAAGGCAUUGAAUUGGCUGUAAGUAUUUACUUUUCUUUCCUCUUUAGGGAAUUUUUUCAGUUAUUUAACUAAAAACCGCAAAUCAAGCUACACUGUAAAUGGAAGGAGUAAGGCCCCUAAUGACUUAUGAUGUGAUCAUGUCACACUUUCCUUUUGUUUGAUUGUGAUUUACAUUCAAUUUGAAUGGAAAAGGAAAUGGUUAUAAUUAAUCUAUAUAUAAUCUAAUCUAAAUGUAACAAAAAAUGUUUCAAGAUUGCAGGUGAGAUUGUAAUGUAAGAACAUUGUUCUUGCACUAUGUCUUUGGAACACAUUUUACUGUCUAUAGGAGAGAAAGGAAAACAUUUCUGUCACCACUGAUGUUGUCUGUAUCUGUUUGUAGGCUCUACAGGGUAGUGGUCCCGGUGGCCGAGUGGUGGCACAAGAUGUUACCGUGGCAACACCUGCUGUUGCAGCAGUGGCACCCACUCCUGUGGUUGCACCUGGUGAGUUUUGAUUGGCUAGAAUGUGUUGUGUUUAGCAGACUCUCAGCUUUUUAUUUGUUUGUUUAUACUUCUAUACUAUUUCUUCAAUGUUCAUGCCAUUUUAUGAUUUCAUAACAUGGUGAUGACACUGUUGUACUAUUAAUGUCAUUUACAAACAUGAAAAGAAAUAAAGCAAGUACAAAUGAUAGUUAUGAAAUUCCUCAUUUUUCAUCAUUGAUCUUGAAUGUGAAAAUCCUUUUAUUGUUUUACAGGAGCAGAUUUUACCGAUAUUCCUCUUACAAAUGUCAGGAAGGUGGGUUUAAUAAACAAAUGUUCUCAUUAAGGGAUGUCAAUAAGAUUUCAAGUUUGCUGAGUGGGUAGAUACAAAUAGUAGGCGGAGAAUUGAACUGUUACAAAGUCCUUUUGCUUUUACUUUCCCUAUUAAAGUUUCUUCUGAAUAUAACAAGGGAUGCUUAUGGUAGCCGGGGUAAUUCCCAGCCCUGAAGAUGGCUAUAGACCACUAAAGUCUCUCCAUUUAUCAUUUCAUCAAACUAAAGCUUGAGAAAAUAGUGGGUAUAUGUAAGUAGUCCUCAGUAGCCUGCUAGAAAUCUCUCUGGGUUACUUUGGUGGCGGGGCAAACCAUUUUUUGCCCUCCUGCAAGAGAGCCUUGGAGAGCUUGCUAGCAGGCUACGACAACAGUAAUUAUAUCAAAAGUAUUGAUAUUUUUUCUUCACCUACACUGUAUUGAUAGGUCAUCGCUAAACGGCUCUUGGAAUCCAAGCAGACAAUUCCUCAUUAUUACCUUUCAGUGGAUAUCCAAGUGGAUGAUUUGUUAGAGUGAGUGUAUUUCUCUGUUUACUGAUAAUAAUUUUACAGUGCAAAUGUUGUUUUAUUUUUAUUAUUGCCCUUUAGAGCCACCUAUGCGAACCAGCCUAAUAAUUAAAUAAAACCUGUUGGGCCAAAAUUUGACAUUUAAAAUUACUGUAAAUCCUCUAAGGCCCCUGAGACACUUAUUUUUUUUUUUCGCACACAUUUCAUGGGGCCUAGUAGAGACAGACCAGGGGCUUGAGAGGGGGGCUUGUCAUAAAGAGCGAGGACAUAGAGUUGAAAACCUCAAGCACAUGUAGUUGGAAGUCACGCAGCCAGAGAUCAAGAACAAAUCUGAACUUCCAGCACAUGAAUAACCGUAAUGGAUCAGUCUACAUCAUGUGCCUUAGAGUAAUCCACUCUUAUCAUUUAUUAAGGAGGGAAGUGGUGCGGGGUGGGGGGGAGGGGUGGGGGGCUUAUUUACAUUGUUUCCCUGAAAAGGGUGCUUCUUAGAGAGUGCCACUUAUUUGUGAGGGGUGUUGGGCCUAAUAGAGAAUUUAUGGUCCAGAUUUGGGUCGUAUUCUUAUUUGAAAUCAGCAAGAAUUAAAUCAGGGAUAUUAGAGCAGGGUGUAUUUGGUCAAAUUUUUCAGCCGGUCAAAAAUUUGUUUGGCACCAUAUGAUCGGAGCCCCCUUUUUCCAAAUUUUUUAUACUCAUGUGAUUUUCUUUUUUUAGAGUUCGAAAGCAGCUGAAUUUGGAUUCAAAUGGUGCAUACAAACUGUCAGUGAAUGACUUUGUCCUUAAGGCCUGCGCUCUAGCUUGUAAAAAAGUUCCCGAGGCAAACUCUUCAUGGAUGACAGACUUCAUAAGACAGUAAGUGUAUCUCCGGAAACGAAAUAAUUUUUAUAUCCUGUUUUUCUGGGGGCAGCAUGACCAAGUGGUCAGCGCAUCAGACUUGCAAUCCGGCAGUCCCGGGUUCAAGUCCCGCUCUGGCCACUUGCUGGAUUUGUUCUUGCUCAUCCCAAGUUCAAAUCCUCGGCCAAGCUUGUAAAGAGCCAACAGGUUGCCUCCUGCCAGUUGGGGCUUUUAAUCCUUUUAUGUUGUAUUUGAAUUAUUUGUUUCUAAGUAUUUGAGUGGAGUGCUUGUAAACUAGCUGGAUAAGCUAAGUGCACUUCCUUCUAUAGACAAGCCUUGAAACCUUUUUUAACCUUUUUUCCUUUCUACAGCUUCCCCAAAUAUCGGGCCACAAGAGGCUGGCUAGAGCUUCCUUUGACACAAUAAUAAAGUAUCUAUCUAAAAUGUGGUACAAAGUUAACUUGUAUCCCUACCUAUUUCAAACUGCCAACCAACCUUUAACUUGUUUUACCUCCAUAAUUUUCUGAUGGUAUUAAUGAGGAGCAUACCCUUUUGCAGACACAAUAACGUUGACAUUAGUGUAGCUGUCAGUACAGAAUCAGGACUUAUUACACCGAUUGUCUUCAAUGCAGAUAAAAAGGUACUGUACUAAAAUGUUGUAUUAUACAUAUUUAUAUUCCGUGCUGCUUGGUAAAAAUGGUGUACACACAAUACUAAUUCAGCUGAGCUUAUUGUUCAAAGAAACGCUGUGAUUAUACUCGAUGGGUGCAAAAAUUAAUUUAGCCCAAAUCACCUUUAGAACAAAAAGGCUAUCUCAUUUUGUUGCUGACGUCUUGAAAGCAAUACGAACAGUUAGUAAUUUUUUUUUUCGGAAAACGUGUUGAUACAUUAUGCUACCACUCAAACUCAACCUUCUCCACUGUUUAUUUUAAACUUUGUCCAAUUACUUCUGUCAGGGUUUACAAGACAUAAGUGCUGACACCAAUGCUCUAGCAGAGAAAGCGAGGGAUAACAAACUUCAACCUCAUGAAUUCCAAGGAGGAACAAUAACAGUAUCAAAUCUCGGCAUGUACGGAGUCAAGAACUUUUCUGCAAUCAUAAACCCACCUCAAGUAAGUGUGCAAAUGUGCGGUAUUUAUCAUGAACAUGCUGGGAAAACCUGAAUUUCCGGUUGAAAAGUCAGACCAGGUCCACACGAAUCCGGAAAUUGAUGAACCCGCAUAUUUUUUUUUUUAACCGGAUUCUUAAACAACUUUGGAGAGUUUCUCUCCUCCGUAAGGGACUCUUUAUGUUGUAGGGAGGCUAGGAAGAGGGAAAAAUGAUCGCGUGUGGAGGACGUUCCCGUGCUAGUCUCUUUCACAGCCGCUCGGGCCGAAGUCACGCAAUGGGGGUGGGGAACAUUGCGUGACUCCGGCCUGAGCGGCUGCAAAGGAAACUAUUCCUGCGCUUGCUGUUUUUUUUUUUUUAAUUACUGCUACAACGGUUACUCACGGAUCGGUGUUUUACAAGUGAGAAAAUUCCUUAAAGAGUAAAUUCCAUGAUACAUUUUCGUUAGUCGUUUUGUUUGGACGAAACCGUGCUUCAAACCAUCAUCAUCACGGCCCUGUUUUAGACUAGUAGUAUUUCGUCCGGAUGGUAGUCCUGCCGAGCCUCCACUACUCUGGGUACCACAGGCUUUUUUUUUUCUUGCAGACGGCCGAAUCCUUUGGUAUCGGCUAAAAGCCGAAGCCACGAUCAGCGGGAAGUCCGGGGGGGGGGCGGGGGGGGGGGCGGGGUUCUCAACAAAGUUAAAGUUUCAUACUGGAAGGGUGCACCCCCUUACCCCAGCUAUGUACCAUUUUUGAUAGCGAAGGUACCCCUUUUUGUAUCUCUUUCAUUGACAAAUACCUAGUUUAGAACGUCGUUGCAUCCCUUUUAACUGCUCUAUCUUUAAAGAAUGAAAAAAUCACAAAACCAAUACAUUUUUCGACUUUUUCAGAGCCAUGAUUUCUUCUCUUGGCCCUCUUAGGCCCAAUUCAGACGCCGGACCUAAUUCGAAUUAAGGCCGACCCAAACUAUUAAGAACGGCUGAAUAGAUUCAGACGCCGAUCUUAAUUGCAGCUGAAAUAAAUUCCGAAAAGGAGAAAAACGGCUCAUUUCGGUCAAACUGCUUACAAAAUACGUUUUAAUGAUUUAUGCAUUUGGUUUGGUACAUGAACAGUUCGGCGUCUGAAUCAAAGGCGUUCCAAAGUCGCUCCAAAGGCGAAAUUCCCGGCCGGGCUAGGCGAAAAGAACGGCUGAGCCGUUCCAAAUUGAAACAGGCGUUCCUAACUGAUUCAGACGCCGAACUUUCCAUGCACUUAAUUCAAUUUAUUAGGUUCGGCUCAUGAAAAGUGCGGCGUCUGAACCGGGCCUUGGGUCUUUUUGCAGACGGAAAGACAGAAUACCCUACCAUUUUAUAUUCUUCAACUAGUGAAAUCCCAACCUCGUUCCCAGGUUCUCUAUCAGGUUUGUGAAAUCCCAACCCUUUCAUAUACCAGAAGCCUGGAAAAGGUACCCCUUUCGGGAGAAACCUCCCCCUAUAGGCCAUUAUAGGGAGUACUCCCCCGGGGGCGAAAAGUCUCGACCAUGUAGGAUAAGCCUCGACUCGAUUGACUGAAAGAGUCUGCUCGCAGUCUUACCCGGUUAAAGUAACGAAGGCUGUCUUUCGAUGAUAUAAACAAGCUCCAGUACAUAGAUACAGUGCAUUACCCGUCCGUUGUCGUUUUUCCCUUUUCAUAGGCCUGCAUAUUGGCAGUAGGAAAAGCAGAGAAGCAAGUCAUAGUAGAUGAAAAUAGCGAAAAAGGGUAAGUUGGUUAAACAAGUUUAUAGCUUUCAAGAAAGUUUUAUCCUGAUUCAACUUGCGCUAGAGGCUCGUCUGCGGCUCAGGAAUCAGCUACAUAAUCCUUAACGUAACACAGGGAACCCAAGAAAACUGACCCUUUUUGUUUUGCUUUGGACUAGCCGCCAGCUAAUUAGAAGUUGUUGUUGUUGCUCACCCUAGUCAUUGUCGGGGACUCUCGCCGAUCUCGUUCCCAUUAGAGCUCGCGUGUUUUAUGCGCGCACGCUUUGCACGUCUGUUACUCAUCUGACUACAAUUCUCAAACGCUCGGCCAAUAACUACAGGUUUCCGUUUGCAGAGCGGCAAAAAGUUAUUCAGGCCAAUCACACUUCGCGCUGAAAUUGAAAUUAACCAAUCACAUCUCGAGGCAAACACAUGUAGCUGUUGUCAGUCGCGGGCAAAUGCGUAUGACCAUUUUUUUUCUUCUGAUUGGUCAAGUUUUUGACACAUCAGAAGUUAAACAUUUUCCCGCGCUUGACGAUAGCUGCAUGGAUUUGCUUCGUGAUGUGAUUGGUUCAACUCAAUUUCUUUGAAAGGCGUGAGAUUUAAUAGCCAAUCGCAACAUUGUAUCGACGGCCUCAACCAGUCCGUGUGCUGAUAAUCUGUCUUCUUGUUCUCAACAGUUACACCACUGGAACAGUCAUGUCUGUCACUCUCAGCUGCGAUCACCGAGUUGUAGAUGGCGCCGUUGGAGCGCAGUGGCUGUCCGCUUUCAAAAACUAUCUAGAAAAACCCCUUACAAUGUUGUUGUAAAAUACGACUUUAAUAGAGCCUAUCGUAGUUUUUCUGAAUUUUUAUUUCAACUCGGGUAAAAAAAUUGUUAAAACUGCUGGAAAGAGAGCCUUAAAAUAGAAAACUGUGUGUCUUGUUUAGAAGAGAUGAGGUAGGUAAAUUUAUUUUUUGUUUGUUUGUAUUUUUACAGACGUAUACAUGGUGUAAGGACUUUUUUCUGUUUGUUUUGCAAAGUUCGUGCCUUUAGAAAGCAAGCACUUACAACCUCUAGGCCUUAUCCAUUGUUUUUACGAUGUUUUGAAGUCCAUAUUUGCAGGGUCUUCAUAUUUUAGGUAACUCUUUCUAGCUGUACUAAUGGUCUCUCUGGCCGAACCGAACAUUAACAAUUUAGGGAAAAAUACCAUGCAUAUGAGACGCUGCGUUCAACCGGACUGCUUAUCCUCGAAUGAAAAAUGAUUAAGGUUCACGGCGCCUUAUGUGAGCGCAAAAGAUGCCAAGACCUAUACGGUAAGAGGUUUGAAAUGAUUACUGAGUCGUUACUGUGGUGUUUGGGAACAAACUUGAAAUGCUUGAACUGGAAUUGGAGGCAAGACAGUCUAUCGCGAUUGAUAGGUUUAAUUAACCAAAUGUGUAUAUUUUUAACCAGAUUUGGGCAGAACAAAUAAACAUAAAAAAUGCCUUGAAAUGUGGCUUGCCGACA